AUGUUGCAGAUUAUAUAUCUUCUUGGCUUCAGUGUCAUGUUUUAUUUAUCAGUAGCAGUUGCUGCGGAGACAGAUGAGGGCAAAAGUAGCAUGCAAACUUACAUUGUUUGGGUGAAAAGGCCAGUCCAGAACUUGUAUUUUGCAAAAUCUCAUGAAGAUUUAGAGAGCUGGUAUCACACAUUUUUGCCGGACACUAUUGCAAACUCAAACGAGCCGACAAAGUCAAGAAUGGUUCAUACAUACCGCAAUGUGGCCACUGGAUUUGCAGCAAAACUGACGCCAGAGGAAGUAAAGGCAAUGGAACAGAAAGAAGGGUUUGUGUCUGCUCAUCCAGAGAGGAUUCUGCCUUUGCACACUACUCAUAGUCCUAACUUCUUGGGGUUGCAGCAAGGAUUGGGAGUCUGGAAAGGAGCAAAUUACGGUGAAGGUGUGAUAAUUGGAGUUUUGGAUACAGGGAUCGGACCGGAUCAUCCUUCAUUUAGUGAUGAAGGAGUACCGCCUCCUCCAGCUAAAUGGAAAGGUAAGUGCAACUUCGAUGGAACAUUGUGCAAUAACAAGCUUAUUGGUGCAAGAAAUUUCCAAAGCGGAAAAACUACAGGAGGCCCUCCAGUUGAUGACGAAGGCCAUGGCACCCACACAUCCAGCACAGCUGCAGGGAAUUUUGUGAAAGGAGCCAAUGCUUUUGGAAUGGCCAAUGGCACAGCGGCUGGCAUGGCACCUUAUGCUCAUUUGGCAAUGUACAAAAUCUGCUCUGAGGAUGGUUGUACAGAAGGUGACAUUGUAGCUGCUCUAGAUACUGCUGUUGAAGAUGGUGUGGACGUGCUCUCCCUUUCACUUGGUGGUCCUUCAUUUCCUUUCUAUGAAGAUGGAAUUGCAGUGGGUGCAUUCGGAGCAAUUCAAAAAGGAAUUUUUGUCAGUUGUUCAGCUGGAAAUUCUGGUCCUUCCUAUGAGUCUUUAUCCAAUGAGGCCCCAUGGAUUCUCACAGUAGGAGCAAGCACCAUUGACAGGAGCAUAAGAGCAACAGCCUUGCUUGGAGAUCAUGGAGAAUUUGACGGCGUAUCUUUGUUCCAGCCUAAAGAUUUUAAUUCAACAUUGUUACCUCUUGUUUAUCCUGGUGCAAAUGGCAACCCAUCAUCAGCUUUAUGCAGUCCAGGAUCCCUUGAAAAUCUUGAAGGUAAAAUAGUGGUGUGCGAAGGAGGAAGAGGAAGAGUUGCCAAAGGGGAAGAAGUGAAAAGAGCUGGUGGUGCUGCCAUGAUUCUUGUGAACCAAGCGAUAGAUGGCUAUAGCGUCUUAGCUGACGCUCAUGUCCUCCCUGCAACACAUGUGAGUUAUAAGGCAGGUUUGAAUAUCAAAGCCUUCAUAAACUCAACCUCAACACCUACAGCCACAAUCUUGUUUAAAGGCACUGUCAUCGGAGAUCCACUUGCUCCCAAGGUUGCUUCCUUCUCAUCAAGAGGACCAAGCACUACAUGCCCUGGAAUUUUGAAGCCUGACAUCAUUGGUCCCGGUGUUAGCAUCCAAGCUGCAUGGCCUGUGUCUGUAGACAAUGGAACAGAAGGCAAGGCAACAUUUAACAUGGUUUCAGGUACCUCAAUGUCAUGCCCUCACUUAAGUGGCAUUGCAGCCUUGCUCAAAACCUCCCACCCUGACUGGUCACCAGCUGCCAUUAAGUCAGCAAUCAUGACAACCGCUGAAGUAGAAAACCUCGCAGGCUCUGCCAUUGUUGACCAAACACUUUUUCCAGCGGAUAUCUUUGCCCUUGGUGCAGGCCAUGUUAACCCUUCAAAAGCAAAUGACCCGGGGCUCAUCUACGACAUACAACCAGAGGAUUACAUUCCUUACUUGUGUGGUUUGAAUUACACAGACGAGCAGAUACAGGUCAUCACCCAACAAACAGUGAACUGCUCUCAAGUAGGAGCCGUACCAGAAGCACAGCUGAAUUAUCCUACAUUUUCUAUCAAAACAGGGUCCUCAGAGACUAGGACUCAGUAUUACACAAGAACGGUGACGAAUGUUGGCCCCGCUAAUUCAACUUACAACUUGGCUCUUGUAGUACCACCUAAAGUGGGCAUGAGUGUAAAUCCUCAGGUUCUCACAUUCACAGAGGUUAGCCAGAAAAUUACCUACCAUGUCGAGUUCAACGCACACGACGAUGCUGGGAAGGACGGUGUCCCAUUUGCUGAGGGAUAUUUGAGAUGGGUUUCUGAUAAGCAUUCUGUUACCACCCGAAUAGUUGCUACCUUCAGCACUCAAUGA